GAAAGAAAGAAAAAAAUCACCAUGUUUUCCUCAUCACAUCACUUUGUCCUUUGCCUUUUCAUACUUAGUUUUUUAGCAAUUUCAUCAGUUAAUUCUGAAAAUUCCCCUAUUCAUUUUGUUGUUAUUGUUAAAAAUGAAACUCCAAAUACAGUGGAAGCAAGAUGUUAUAUAUAUGGAAAUGAUAGUGGUGAUUACUCAAUGAAACCAGGCAAAUGUGUGCUCUUCAAAUGGAGUGCUAACUCAACUAGGGAUAUAGCAAGUGAACGAACUAGAUAUGUUGCAAGUGAACCAGUAAGAUAUGUUGCAAGAGAACCGGUGACACGCGUUGCAAGUGAAUCAGCUAGACAUGUUGCAAGUGAACCAGUGACACAUGUUGCAAGUGAACGAAUAAGAUAUGUUGCAAGUGAACCGGUGAUACACGUUGCAAGUGAAUCGGCGAGAUAUGUUGCAAGUAAACCAAUAACAUACGUUGCAAGUGAACCAGUAAUAUAUAUUGCAAGUGAACCAGUGAAAUAUAUUGCAAAUCCUUAGUAAAUCCAUGAAAAUGUUGGAUUUUCAUGAUAUGAAGUUUUAUGAAAUUAAUGAGAAAAUUGAUAGAUUGAGUAUAAAGAUCUGAUACUUGUUAUAUUGCUUAUUCGUCCCAAACUUCAAAUCUCAUUGGGGUUUAUCUGAAAAUGAUUACAUUCA